CGCCCUCCUUUCGGCCUCCGUCACUGCCGCUGACCACAUCUUGAUUCUCCCUCUGAAGACUCUCUUAGGGGGGAUGUGACCGGAGUUUAUAAUUAGCUUCGGUCUCAGCUUCAUUUCACUUUCCUUUAUUCCUCCUGCCUGUUUUUUGGAGUGACUGUGAAGUUCCGUCUCUCCCUCGCUCCUGGUUUCCGCUGACAACUCUCCAGGCUAUUUUUUACUUUGUCACAUCUCCACGUCGUCUUGCUUUUCCGUGCUCUAUGCUGUGUUAUCCUCUCCUCGGUGCUUUCUCGCUGCACUACUUCACAAUUUUAAUGCUGCCUCCGCUUCACCUGACUCUCUACUUCACCUCCGCCGACCCCCCUCCAUCCUCCCCUCUUCCUCUCAGGCUCGUCCUUUCUCCUUGUCGCUCUGCGGUUCUGCGUAAUGGGAAAGACUGAGCUCUAUUCUCUGUACAAGGCUUUUGUGGACUGUAUUUGCCUCUGCCUCGCUGUGAGUAUCUCCACUUCCUUUUCUCUACGUGCAUUUGAUUUCACCCCUGUUUUAUCCUCUGCACAGACGUUGCAUUAUUUUUAUCUGUUUGUGUUUACGUGUCAGUGCAUGAUCUUGUUCACGGCCCAUGUUCUGCAGUGAGCCUUUCCUCAGCGGAGCAUGCAGAAGUCCUGGUAUUAAUAACAAGCCCAGAAUGUGGAUGGUAAUGGAGACUCGGCUCCUCUGAAGAGGCCAGGAAUGAUUUGACAUCGCUUAUUAACCUCAUUUAACACAAGCUCAGGUCUUAGGAUCAACUACAGCGUAAGCUCACACCUCCACUGAGUUUUCAUGAUCAUGGCCACAUUGAACAGUGGGAGGUUUUGAAGAACAAAUCUGAGGUUUAGCACCUUUCAGUGCAGAUUUGUUUCACUCUGUACGUCCAGCUGGUGACCUUUGACCUUUACGCCAAGUGGUCAAUCUGCUCGUGACAGCAGGUUGAGCUCGGGCCUCACGUUGCCCGUCGUUGACUUUGUUUCCAGCGCAGCAGCAGCGAAGCGGCCGACGACAACGGCAGGGACACCGAGAACGGUCACCUGAUCUAUAAAAGCGGGGACGUCCUGGAAGACAGAUAUGAGAUAGUGGACACUUUAGGUGAGGGCACUUUUGGGAAGGUGGUGCAGUGCGUGGAUCACAGCAGGGGAGGAAGUCGGAUCGCUCUGAAGAUUAUUCGGAACCUCGACAAAUACAGGGAGGCGGCCAGACUGGAAAUCAACGUGCUGCAGGAGAUUACCACUGCGUGGAAAUGCUCGACUGGUUCAGCUACUACGGCCACGUGUGCAUCUCGUUCGAGCUGCUUUCUCUCAGCACCUUCGACUUCUUGAAGGCGAACAACUUCCUGCCCUAUCCACUCACCCAGAUCCGACACAUGGCCCACCAGAUCUGCCAGGCUGUGAGCUUUCUUCACGACAACAAGCUGACGCACACCGACCUGAAGCCGGAGAACAUCCUCUUCGUCAACUCCGACUACUCCCUCAUCUACAACCCUGACAAGAAAUGCAGCGAGAGGAGAAUCAACGACACCACGGUGCGGCUCGUCGACUUCGGCAGCGCCACCUUCGACUACGAGCACCACUCGGUGGUCAUUUCCACGCGUCACUACCGAGCUCCUGAAGUGAUCCUGGAGCUGGGCUGGAGUCACCCCUGUGACGUCUGGAGCAUUGGAUGCAUCCUGUUUGAAUACUACGAAGGCUUCACGCUGUUCCAGACUCAUGACAAUAAGGAGCACCUUGCUAUGAUGGAGAGAAUUCGGGGCCCAGUUCCUCAGAGAAUGAUCCAAAGGAGCAGAAAGCAGAAAUACUUCCACCGCGGGCGUCUGGACUGGAACGAGUGUUCCAAGGCUGGACGCUACGUGAGAACCAAGUGCAAACCAUUAAGGAAGUAUUUGUUGGCGUACGGGGCAGAACAUCACCAGUUCUUCGACCUUUUGGAGCGGAUGCUGGAGUACGAGCCGUCCAAUCGGAUCUCCCCUGCGUCUGUUCUGUCCCACCCCUUUUUCCUGCCCCUCGUUCAUCCAAGGAGGAGUCAAGUCUUGAGGAACAGCGGUGAUAUGAGCAGAUGACGCUGCAGAGCUGGAACCAGGAGCCUGGUGCUUGGUUUGCUUUGUGUCGCUACGGAGAAAGAACUUUGUAUUUGUAUGUUAAUAUAAAAAUAAUGAGGGAAUACGAAUGAAAUCUGUUUGCUUAACUUGAUUGUACAAUUUUAAUUUUCUGCCACAUCAUUUUGUUCUUACUGCUGAUCUGAGGCCUCUUUUGUUAAUUGCCAAUUAGUUGACUCUUAAAGAUGUUCAUAUCAGAGGUUAUGAAAGCUCCAGAGAAAGUCCCUGGUUUCUUAAAGCAUUGGUUGAAGACUUUGACUACUGACAUAAAUGCAUCAUGUCUACUAUAUAUAAUGUGUAUGUUCAUAUUCUAUCUCUAACAUUUAGAGAUACAACAUGUCUUUUGUACGUAAUGACUUGAUGAAUAAACCCUGUUUUCCUGUU